AUGUCAGAGACACGCGCGCGACGCGUGCCUGUGCCAACGUUGACGGAUACACCGCGCACGAAUGGUCUAAAGAAACUGAAUUUGCCGACAGUAGGUGCGACUCAAGCUGCCGCAGAUGCUGCGGCUGCUGCCAUGAGCUCACCACCGUCCCUAUCUCGCAGCGAUCGGAGCGUCUCGAUCGCAGAUUCGGAGACAGCUGAUGCCGAGCGCACAAGAUAUUUUCGAAGAUACUCUUCUCUCCCUUCUGUGCCAAGCAUGCCCAAGCCCGUCCUGAAGUUUGUCGAUGCCUCACGCGGUGUGCUUUUUGCUCUCUCGCAGAUGUACUCGGCUAUUACGCAAUACACCUCGGUAUCGACGGAUGAGCGGCUCGUGGCACACUUUUCUCGCAUGCUUAGCAUGUCGGUCAAGUCGAUGAGCGUGCUUAUAAAUGCUCUAGACCGAUUAGACGCCGUAUCUUGUGCAGGCAUGCCUGAACCUGUGCUUGUGCGCCAUGUCUUGCAAGCAUGUCAUGAUGCAUUGCGCACAUUUAGGCGCGCAGUGACGAUGCUGCAUAUCCAGCUACCUCAGCUGGGACAGACGGUGGAUCCUCGCUUCUCACGGACUCUUUUGCUGCUUUUGUACGGCAGCGUGGCCGAAUUGCGGAAUAGUGCCAUGUUGAUGGCCCCGCAUGUAAGAGACGUCGUACCUUUUCUUGAUAAACAUGUAUCAUACGCCACGGUCGAUGCGAGUACAUCAGUUUCGUCGCACCGCACUGCACGCCAGCCAAGUCAAGCUGACGUAUCUUUCGAAGAGACGGCGGAAAUAUCACAGCCAGCGUCGAGCACGCCUUUAAAAAAGUGUCCACAGCGCCUGGGUCUCCCUACAAAUUCCGUGCGAUCCCCAGGCGUGUCCCCUCGCGAGAUACCCAAGCCCGAUGCUUCGGCCCGCGGACCGCUCUCGCCCGGUACUGUGUCGAGCGCGUCAACGCGAAUGCGCAUGCUCUCUUCCAAUACGUCAGGAGGUGAAGAUGGAUUGCUCCAGCUGCUACUGCAAGUGACGGACAAUGCCAUGCAAAUAUGGAGCGAGCUGGGCGACUAUGUCCAAGCUGGCAUGGAGCAGGGCCAUGAGGAGGAACAAGAUGCCACCCGUAUAAAGCGCCUACGUGAUGUAAACGAAUCUUGCGCAAGUAUGAUGGACAUGACCAAGCGACUGCAAUGGACGCGCGAUCGCGCGAGCGACGCUAACCUACGCACGUCCCAAGCUGACAUGCACGAUCUUUGGGAACAAUGCAAUCAGUUUGUGCGCGCCACCAUCCAUAUCUCCACUCUCGUACGGGCUGUGUCCGUGACUUACCCUUUUCCCCGCGACCUCAUGCGCGCCAUGGGUGAUCUGAACCAGGGCUGCGCCGCCCUCGCCGUCCAUCUUCAUCAGCUUUCACCCUCAUGA